AUGGCGAGCAACACACAACACGAGCCUACCCCGGUGGAGCAGUCCUUCCUGAAUUGGUUCGAGUCCACAGGCGGAUAUUUGUCUCCCGAUGUUUCCCUGCACGACUUUACGCUGCAGGGCAUGGGCAGGGGCAUGAAGAGCAACAAGAGGUUGGAAAGGGAUGCAUUGCUGUUCAGUAUUCCCAGGUACAUGUUGCUGGGUACCCGAACUUCGACUCUUCCUUCACGAGCUAUAGCAGCGGACGAAAAGGCGGCCAGUCUGGAAGCGCAGACCAAUCCUCAUCUCUUCACCUGGCAAUCGCUUUCCGGCGGCUGGACACAACUGCUGCUCGUCAUGCUAUGGGAGCAUUUCAGAUCCACUGCAGAGGGAGGUGCAGCUUUGAAUGACUCACUUGCGCCUAGAGGGAGCAUGGACGAUGAGCAGGAUAAUGCGGGCGGUAGCGUCGGGCCUUCUUGGGGACCUUACUUUGACAUUUUGCCACGAAACUUUGAUACGCCCAUGUUCUGGGAUCGGCAAGAGCUGCAAGACCUCGAGGGCACGACUGUUCGGGAGAAGAUCGGCUUGGCGGAAGCUCAGCUGGCGUACAGAACGCAACUUCUGCCCUACAUUCACGCGCAUCCCGAUCUCUUUGUCGGAUCCAAAGCAAGCGCAAACGCUAGACAAGUGGAGUCGCUGAUUUCGACGUACUACAGUGAAGAGUUGUUCCAUCGGAUGGGCUCUGCGGUGCUAUCGAGAUCUUUCCAUGUCAACUUGCCGGGUCAAGGUGGGCUCGAAGAGGUCGGCGAGGCAGAAGAUGGGAUGGAAGUGGAGGAUGAUGAGGAUGAGGACGAGGAAGAUGGGGAAGGAGAAGGCGAAGAGAAUAUAAAUGACGUAUGCAUGGUGCCCAUGGCAGACAUGCUCAAUGCGCGCUUUGAAUCAGACAAUGCGCGGACGUUUUAUCAUCAAGAUGUUCUUGAGAUGAGGACCACUCAGGUGGUUGAAGCAGGAGAACAGCUGCUGAACACCUAUGGCGAUCCUCCUAACUGCGAUCUGAUCCGAAGGUAUGGAUAUGUCGAUGAACCCAAUGGCGCGGACGUCGCUGAGCUACCUGCGACGACGUUGGUUGAUGCCUUGCUGUCGCUUGAAGGACUCACGUCGACGACUGCCGUACACGAAACAAGACGCGCAGAUUUGCUCUCGCGCCUGGGCUGGACCAUCUCCAUCGGUUUUGACGAGGUGCACGCGUUGGCGUAUUUGUUCCCUCUUUCGCAAGAAGCGCCCUUUGAGCCUACUCCCCUCUCGCCCACCGAGAGGGAGCUGCGAUCAGCAGCAGCUUCCAUUUCUGACGAGCUCUUGGCUCAGGCUAGAGUGUUGAUCAUGUCACCAGAGACGCUAGAGAAGCUGAAGAAGAAGGAUAAGCUACCUAGCUCGAGGAUCGAAGCUAGAGAAUUUGUCGAUGGGCAGAGCAGGGGCGUCGCAGAGAUCAUCGCGAGGGCGAUCGAGCUGCGCCUCGAGGUGUACCCUACUACGCUGCAGGAUAAUCGCGCGACGCUCUAUGCUUCGCUUUCGACGCACAAGAGACUUGCGCCUCUCUCUGCUAGGAGGAGGAAUGCACUGGUGGUCAGAUCCGGAGAGCAGAGCGUAUUGAUGGAUAAUCUGAGAGUGCUGAAAGCCGCUGAUGAAGCUUCUCGCAAGUUGGAAAAGGGACAAGGCGUGACUUCGGAGAAGAGAAAAGAUGCGUCGGAAAGCGCAGGGCACAAGAAGAGCAAGAGGUAG